AUGGUGAAUGAGGUUUCUGCAUCGUUAUCGCCCGACCGGUCGAAGUCCGAUCCGAUAUUUCACGCUGUACCGUUUGAAGAUACCGUUGACGGGCCUCUUGCAAUCGGGUCGGUCUCGUUGCCCACAGCCCAUGCGCCAAUAGUCUCCAAUGGCCGAUCUUUAAGUACAAGCGCUGCGUCUGGUCCCAGUCAUGAUCAUGCAUCUGCGCUUAUGUUCUCGCGGCUCGCGCCAUCCAUGUCAGUUGGAGAUGAAACUCGAACGAUUCGGUCGGAAGGAGCACCCUCCUUGCGCAGCGUGCCCAGCAUUGUUGUGAAUGAACCAGGUUCCCGGCCUAGCUCGCGGCCAGGCUCAAGGCCGGGCUCUCGAUGGUCAGAAAGAAAGUGGGGUGGUUUAAGGAAACGGUCACUUGAGAUGGAGAGGAAACUUAGCUCGGAGGAGCCUCCACCAGUGCCUCAAAUCGAACACCCCUUCGCUGGUAUCCCCUUAGAUAUACCGACAGCCUCUUUGGAUGGUUUGGAUAGAUCGAUGAAAUUUUCCAAUCGCGGAAGUCUGAUCAAAAAUCAGGCGAAAGGUCCGUUCCCAGCGUCACCCCAGGAGAUGCUUGAAGCCCACCCGGAGCAACAUCCAGACCAACCGCCCCAGGAGAAGUCGGACGAGCACUCCGAGGAACAACUAGAACCGCUACCCAAGGAGAGGAUGGACGAGCACCUCGAACAACAACCAGAACAACCGCGCCAUCAAAAACUAGACGAGGAGGAACCCCGGCAAGAACCAGCCCAGCCCGCUCAGAAAAUCUUGGAAGAAAAUUCCGAUCAAAACUUAGACCGGCAGACCUCUAAAACUGCUCUGCCCCCUCCCAUUACCAUGAGCCAGCCUGAAGGGGAAAAGGGAACACCGAAGGCUGUUCCACGGCACGCCAAACCCCAGGGCACUCUUCGGCCUAGACAGACUAGUCUUCCGAGCAGAGCAAUCUCGGCAGACGAAGAUAUGUUGUCGCGGCGAGUUCGGUUGAUGUACGAGAAGGGUGAAGAUAGUGUUACCGACUCCGAGGUAGCGCAAGCGUUGGCCUCAGAACACGGGGUCUUAUGGGAAGAGGGUGCGGUCCCCGAUACUGAAACCUCUGGAACGCUCGCUGCUCGGAUGAGUAAGACUGGAAAUGAAAAAAAACCAAGGGCCUCUGUUGAAGUGGAGCGUGUCCGAAUCAAGAGGGAAACCCAGGAGCUAGCAGGGGGUGCUGAAUAUUGGCAAAAUGUCGGCGCAGAAGAAGUCGAUCGUUAUGGUUUCAUUCGACCUGCAAAGAACGCCAAGGGCUCCGAGAUUAACCCGCUCCAGCGAGUCACGACUAGUCUCCUACUGGCUUCUGAGACACCUCGGCGGAAACGUUCAAUUCGCCCACCAACAGCUCCGGCCAGCAACCGUUCCUUCAACGGUCCAUCCCUAGUCCGCAAAAUAUCCCAAAGUUCCCUAGGUGGCCGUCCAUCCUCAUCGCAAAGCAACUAUGGUCCCCCAUUGCGCCGUACGACAUCUCGUUUGCGCACGGCGACCAAUCAUCUGCCUCAUAACAGAGACCGAAAGGCCAAAGAUGAGGCGGCUGACAUGCUCACCCUACCUACUCCAUCUGCUGGCGAGACUGAAGAUGCGCCAAUUACUCGCGCAAUGCGAAGAAAGGAGUGGCAACGCGAAGACAAGUGGACCAAGAUGGCUAAGCCGACCAAGAAAUCCAAGGAUGGUGGCGGUAUGACCUUUGAGUUCGAUACCCAGAGCUCAAAGUUGAUUGAGCGAACUUGGAAAGGAAUCCCAGAUCGGUGGCGGUCAACGGCCUGGUACUCAUUCCUCGAAGCCAGCGCUCGACGCCACAAGGGCAGCCCACCUGCAGACGAGCUCAUUGAAGUGUACAAUGAGCUCCAGUUCGUCUCAUCACCGGACGAUGUCCAGAUUGAUAUUGAUGUACCGCGGACCAUAUCCAGUCAUAUCAUGUUUCGGAGACGUUAUCGGGGUGGACAAAGACUACUGUUCCGUGUCCUUCACGCCAUGUCACUAUAUUUCCCUGACACGGGCUACGUACAGGGAAUGGCGACUCUCGCGGCUACGUUACUGGCGUAUUACGAUGAAGAGCAUGCUUUUAUUAUGCUCGUUAGGUUGUGGCAGCUGCGAGGUCUGGAAGAGCUGUACAAAUGUGGAUUUGCUGGUUUAAUGGAGGCAUUGGCCGACUUUGAACGGGAGUGGCUCGCCGGAGGUGAAGUGGCCACGAAACUGAACGAGGUUGGAAUCCCACCCACAGCCUAUGGCACACGCUGGUACCUCACUCUCUUUAAUUACUCAAUCCCUUUCCCGGCUCAGCUUCGAGUGUGGGAUGUCUUCAUGCUCCUUGGAGAUGCCGAAGACACCACUAGCCGUCCCGCAACUUCAGGAAAGAAUAAAGCACCCCCUAUUGAUAACCCAAGGACAUUUGGUCAAGGUCUUGACGUCUUGCAUGCUUCAUCCGCUGCCCUAAUUGAUGGCAUGCGUGAUAUCAUCCUUGAGUCUGACUUUGAGAAUAUCAUGAAAGUCCUCACCAGCUGGGUUCCCAUCAAAGACACCGAAAUGUUCAUGCGUGUCGCCAAAGCGGAAUGGAAAGUCCAUCGUCGCAGGAAAGCCUCUUAA